AUGAUGCUGAGUCCGGACCAAGCCGCCGACUCAGAUCACCCCAGCUCGACGCACUCGGACCCGGAGUCUCUGGGCGGCGCAGAUGUCAAGGUGCUGGGCAGCGUGUCGGACCUGGAGCCGGUGGAGGAGGCCGACGGCGACAGCAAGGGCGGCAGCCGGGCCGCGCUCUACCCGCACCCGCAGCAGCUGAGCCGCGAGGAGAAGCGCCGCCGCCGGCGCGCCACGGCCAAGUACCGCUCGGCCCACGCCACCCGCGAGCGCAUCCGCGUGGAGGCCUUCAACCUGGCCUUCGCCGAGCUCCGCAAGCUGCUGCCCACGCUGCCCCCGGACAAGAAGCUCUCCAAGAUCGAGAUCCUGCGCCUGGCCAUCUGCUACAUCUCCUAUCUCAACCACGUCCUGGACGUGUAGGGAGGGGGACGCCGCGGGAG